CUCUAUUUUAGUACACAAUCUAAAAGUCUGCGGACCGCGAGUCUGGCGAACGCGGUGGUCAGAGAAUUUACCGCAUAGUUACUUAUGAGAAUAAUUAUUUAUAAUAAUUAUUUCAGGUUUUAUUAUGAUUAUAUAUUAGUGCGAGUUUUGCUAAUCUAGGUACCUGUAAACAACCUAGUUUUAUAUUUAAAUUUUACGGAGGAAAGAUCCAAUUCUGAAUACUUCCAGAAGCUGAGACUUUAUUUUUGAAUUUGGAUGGAGAGAAAACGGGUCAGCAUCAGUAAUAUCGACAAUGUUGGAACGCUGGAUGGCAAAAAUAACGAGAAAUAUGGUCUGGGAUACCAAAAUACCUUGAUGUAUGGCCGGUAUAGCCGGCAACUAGGAGAAUUCGCCAAAUUAGAAGGUUUAAAAGCACAAGAAAAAAGACGACUAAAAGAAGAAAAAGCUAGAAAAAAGGAAUUGAGAGGAUAUCAGGGUAAAUUAGCAAAAAGUAUAUCAUACCUAUGGAGACAUACAUUUGCAAGAUUAGGAGAGGACUGGGUUUUCCUGGCACUUUUAGGCAUAAUCAUGGCUGUAUUAAGUUUUCUAAUGGAUACAGGCAUAAAUAUUUGUAAUACAGCAAGAAUCUGGUUGUAUAAUGACUUGACGCAACAUCCUGCUGCCCAAUACGCUUCCUGGGUAUUCCUACCAGUCACUCUAAUACUCUUCAGUGCAGGAUUUGUCCAUUUAGUAGCACCACAAUCAAUAGGCUCUGGUAUACCAGAAAUGAAAACCAUUCUAAGAGGGGUGGCCCUGAAAGAAUAUUUGACGUUUAAAACUUUAGUAGCUAAAGUUAUAGGAUUGACAGCGACGCUAGGUAGUGGAAUACCGUUGGGUAAAGAAGGUCCGUUUGUGCACAUAGCUAGUAUAUCGGCGACAUUGUUAAGUAAGCUAGUGACGGGAUUUCAAGGAAUUUACGAAAACGAAAGCAGGACGACGGAAAUGUUAGCUGCGGCUUGCGCUGUGGGAGUUGCUAGUUGUUUUGCCGCACCCGUAGGAGGUGUCCUCUUCAGUAUAGAAGUAACGACCACUUACUUCGCAGUAAGAAACUAUUGGAGAGGCUUUUUCGCUGCUGUCUGUGGAGCUACAACGUUUAGAUUAUUGGCCGUAUGGUUUCAGAGUGCCGAUACCGUAACGGCCGUAUUCAAAACCAAUUUUUACAUGGAUUUUCCUUUCGAUCCUCAAGAAUUGUUCGUGUUUGCGCUUAUUGGAGCUUUCGCAGGACUAGGAGGCGCAUUCUACGUGUGGGUCCACAGACAAUACGUAAUGUUCAUGAGAAACAGCCAAACAAUCAGCAGCUUCUUUCAGAAAAAUCGAUUUUUGUAUCCUGCAAUCAUUACUCUGGCCGUGUCUACGAUCACUUUUCCAUUGGGUACUGGACAAUUCAUGGCUGGCGAUUUAACAACACAUACUCAAGUUGUCGCAUUAUUCAGUAAUUUCACUUGGACCAAAACAAAUCAUACACCUUUUGAGGAGGAAAUGAUCAAACAUUGGAAGACUGAAUAUACUGGCGUUAUAUUUUCUUUAACUUGUUUUAUGGUGUUUACAUUUCUAGCGUCCAUAAUUUGCUCAACAAUUCCUGUUCCAUCUGGUUCAUUUAUUCCAGUGUUCAAAAUUGGAGCCUCACUUGGACGUAUUGUCGGAGAACUUAUGCAUAUUUGGUUUCCUCAUGGUAUGAGAUAUGGGGGAAAUGUAGCCACAAUAAUUCCUGGAGGAUACGCCGCAGUGGGUGCGGCAGCAUUUUCCGGUUCCGUCACCCAUACCAUAUCAGUAUCUGUGAUAGUGUUCGAAAUGACCGGCCAGAUAACCCACAUCAUUCCCAUAAUGAUAUCUGUCCUAAUAUCGAACGCAAUUGCUAGUUUGCUAGCGCCUAGCUUAUAUGACAGCAUUAUUUUGAUCAAAAAGUUACCAUAUUUACCGGAUCUUUUACCUAGUAGUAGUGGUAUGUAUACUGUAUACGUAGAAGAUUUCAUGGUACGAGAAGUCAGAUAUAUAUUUUAUGGUAUGACUUACGAGGAGCUGAAACAAUUGCUAAAAGAAAAUAGACGAUUGCAAAGUUUUCCUCUAGUGGACAAACCCGAAAGUAUGGUCCUUUUGGGUAGCAUUCAAAGACUGCAACUCAUUCAGUUGAUUGAGAAGCACAUAGGAAGAGAAAGAAGACUGCAAAUAGCUGCCAUAAGGCAAAAAGAAGCUGAAGAAAAAGCCAGAGAAGAAGCGACAAAACAGGCAGAAGAACGAAUUAGAAGGCCUUCAAGAUUUCAAGUUGUCCCUGCCCCUGAUAUGUUGCAAAGGCAACUUUCUGAGAGCCAUUUGGAACCACAUCAACACACAUACACUCCAAACUUUGGUACCCAACCGAAAAAAUCAAUUCUAAAAAAAACAAAUUCGUUUACACUAAAAGGCUUUUCACCUUUUAUGAAUACAAGUCCUGGAAGUACUCCAUAUACUACCGUGACUGGGGCCGAGAGUAGAAUACGAUCAGCUUUUGAAGCUAUUUUCAGGAAAUCGACACAACUUCAAGAUGUAGCUAACAACGAAAGUCAACAGGUGAUUGAUCAGUCUUUGGAUCGCAAACCUCAAAUUAUUCCCAUGAGUCCUAGUACUUCGAAAAAAGUUCAAUUGCCAAAAGAACGAGUUUGCGACAUGAGUAACGAAGACCAAAGACUAUGGGAGGAAGAGCAAAUGGCACUUUCUGUAGAUUUCGCAAAUUGCCACAUAGAUCCAGCCCCGUUUCAGUUAGUGGAAAGAACCUCUCUUUUAAAAGUCCAUUCCUUGUUUUCUAUGGUUGGAGUUAACAGAGCUUAUGUAACGGCUAUUGGUAAGUUAGUCGGUGUAGUAGGCCUCAAAGAACUGAGAAAAGCCAUCGAAGAUGCAAACAGUGGGAAUAUUCCUCAACAAACUGAUAUUAAUAGCAAUGGCACGGUUAGUGUGAACGAUGUUAAAGAGCCUUUAGAUGACGUAGAUGCUAGUACUCAAUUAGUCUCUAAAGUUUAAAAAAAAAGAUUAUCCCAGGAUCAAAAUAAGUUCCUAUAUAAGUGAAUUAAGUAAUUCUUUUUCUAAAGUCAAAAGUAAGGGGAUUCCAAAUGCGGGUAUUCUUUUUUUUUGAACUGGAGAUAUGUAAAAUUAUUCCACCUACUCUCAAUAUAUUUGUGUAAGUAAUUUUAGAGAACUAACUUUUUAGCUGCUAGUAUUAAUAAGUAGUAUUAUUGCGAUUGUCUUUAUUGUACUCGUUUGUUGAAGUUUUAGAAAUUGUUUUAUGCUUGAGUCCGGUGUCUAAUUUGAACAAAGAUUGUGUAUAAAGUGAGUAUAUCUCUAUAGAAUUUGUUGACUAUUGACUAAAUUAGAGCUUUAGAAAUCCAGUUAGUUAUAUGUGUCAUUGAAAAUGAUUUUUAAAAAUAUUGAAUUAAAUUUUUUGCAGCUAAAAAAGCAGUUCACAAUAUUUGGGAGCAAAUACGUCUACAAGUUCAAUAAAAAAAAGGAAGGAAAUUCUAAAAAUGUCUUUUGAAAUACCUACUUUGAAAAUUUAUUGCUAUUGCUAUUGAUUUAUUCUUAUGAUAGCGAUUUUCAAAAAUUAAUUUUAAUUUUAAAAAAUAUCCUUGAUGGAAGAAGAUUGUUGCAAAAUCUGCAAUAAAUAGAAUUGCACUUUCUCCCCUAAUAGAUAUAUAGAUAGGUACUUCUUUGUAAUAAUUUCAUGAUAGUAAGGCGAAUUUAUUUGAUGGUAAAAUGUUUUCAUUUAAUGAACAAUUAAGUCACUUAUCAGAUUAUGUUAAGCAAAAAUUAACAAAAAUAUUGUAGAUAUAAGUUAUUUUUAAUACAUAAGUGAAAUUUUCCAUCAUUAUUAUUGAUGGGAGUGAUAUCUGGAGGUUUUUCUAAACAUUGUUGUGAUAGUUAUUUACGAAAAGAAAAUUAUAGGUAGACUAUUUAUAUAUUUUUUGUUUCCAAAUAAACGUUAUUGUUAGAAUAUAAGAAAAAAAAAA